AGGGCCCCUCUUUAUUACCCCGAGAUUCUGAUCCACCAAAAUGCCACUUAAAGGCCUCUAAUAAAAUAAAAACCAUCUUGUUUUUCCGCAGCAAGCUAAGCUCUCUCUUUCCCCACCCUCUUAUUCCCUUUUGCCCGAGAUAAUUCGGACAAUGGCUUCCAGCCGCCCAGCCCUUCACUUUUCACCGUAGGAAGACGCCCUCGCCUCCACGGCGGGGGUCUCCGCGGUGAGAUUCGGGGGGUUCUUUUCGUUUUCGUUUGGGGAAUUUUCCUAACCGGAGAAGUGGAAGAAGAGAAGGGAAGAGCUCGGGAAACUGAGCUCAGUCUUGUGAGGAAAGCGCUUUGCAAAUGUGAAAGCGAUCCCCAAAGGGAGUUAGUAUUCCUAAAUCCUCACGUAGGAAUGGCGGACAGCAUCAACCCAAAGAAUGACUUUCAGGGUCAUUCUCCCCCAGCCGUUGCCCUACACGGCAAGGGAGCCUCCCUGGCGUCUCCCGGCGCCCGAAGCGGGUUGGCUUCGGACCAGCCCCGAAGCUGGGCUGCUGGAGCUCUGAGAGCCGUAUCUUCGGUGAAUCGGAGAAGGGACGACUCGACCACCACCGCCCCUCGUCUCCCAGCCUGCCCCUAGUUACGUUGAACAGGCCCUUCUCCGGGGAUCCUUCUGCCCUCUCCUUACUAGGCUGGCAAAGAGGAAUCCUCCCUUGGUUCGUGUCGGCUCCGCCACGGAACUCUAGCAAGACCCCCUCUGCCCCCAAUUUCUGGGUCUAGGGGAUCUCGUUUUCCCUAUGGGUCCCCUGUUCCCUAAACUCCGCCCCAACCUUCCAGGCUCCAGAAGCUCCCGCAGGCUUUCCCCCGGCCUCCUCCUAGCGGGUGCCCCUUGGGCAGACCCAGCUCUCCAAGCUGGACACACAAAGAAGGAUCCGCCCCUCAGAGGCGGGCUGGGCCAGGGCAGCACGGGGCACUGGUCAGACCGAGCUGGGCCCGGGACCCGCUGGGCCUCCGAGAGCACCGGGACUCCGGGGCUGCACCGGUCUAGGCCGCACUGGAGUAGGCCGCUGCCAUUGCCUUCCACAGAGGGAGGUGGAGACGGAGGACCCCCGCUAGUCUUUUCCCCCUACCGGCCCGCCCCCCGCAGUGGGGAGAGGUGGAGAACGGACAGCUAGAAGCCUACCCCUUUAAAUAUGCCCCAGGAUGAUGGAGCGGCAGCCAGCUGAGCUGCCCCCCAGUGACCCCCCGCGGGAUGCAACCCCGGGGACUAGCGGCAGCGGUGGCGGCGGGGGCGGCUCGGAGCCCGAGCCUGAGUCAGAGUCCCGCAUGGAGCCGCCGCGGCCCCCCCCACACCUCCUCCUCCUCAACGGCGUUGCCAAGGAGACCGGUCGUCCGGCCCCCGACCCCCCCGUCAUCGAGUUGGCCCCCCGCCGCGGCCCGGGGGGCGGCGCCCGCGACUUAAAGGGCCGCGACGCAGAGGCGCGCCAGAGGGUGCCCACCACGGAGCUGUGUCGGCCACCCGCCGCUGCCCCGGCCUCGGCGCCUGCCCCAGUAGAGCCCCCCAGCGACGGCCGCAUGGUGCAGCUGAGCCCCACCGCGCUCCCGGGACAGGCGGCCGCCGCCGCCGCGGGCAGGGCCAUGCUCUACGGCCUCGGGCAGCCGCUCGCCUCGCUCAGCAGCGGGUUUUUCGGGGAGCCAGACCCCUUCCCGGUGUUUACCAGCAACAACCGGGUCAAGAGGAGACCCUCGCCCUACGAAGUGGAGAUCAAUGAUGGCCCCCACACCAAGGUCGUCCGGCGCAUCUUCACCAACAGCCGCGAGCGGUGGAGACAGCAAAACGUUAAUGGGGCGUUCGCUGAGCUCCGAAAACUCAUCCCGACCCAUCCCCCCGACAAGAAGCUCAGCAAAAAUGAAAUACUGCGUCUGGCCAUGAAAUACAUCAACUUCUUAGCCAAGCUCCUCAAUGACCAAGAGGAGGAGGGCAGCCAGCGGGGCCGAGUGGCCAAGGACCCCGUGGGGACCGGCAGUGCCGGCGGCGGAGGAGCCGGGACAGGCCCCGGGGCGGGGCCGGCGGCUGACGACCUCCUCCACGACGCUCUCUCGCCCAACUCCAGCUGCGGCAGCUCCCUGGACGGCGCCGCCAGUCCCGACAGCUACACGGAAGAUUCCGAGCCCAAGCACCCAGCUCGGAGCCUCCACCCGGCCCUACUGCCUGCCGAGGGCACCGGCCCGCGGUGAUGGGCCCUGGGGCCAAAGGCAGCUCUCGUGUGGCCGGGAGGGUGUGAACUUGGGGAGCGGCACAGGGCCAAUGGAUGGAGCGGGAUGUGGGAGUGGGAGGGUGAUGGGUCCAGAAGCUAGGAAAAGACUGAUCCGGAAGCAGGGGGAUGGCUAUGAUGACCUUUCUUGGGCCUGGCUCAUCUGGCCAAACCCUAUGUGUCACAUGUCAUGAGAACUGUGGAGGAACGGUGAUGUCUCUGGUGACUCUCUCUCCUGGAUCCUUGGCCUUUGCCAACUCUGGCUCUGGAGCAUCUGUGGACACAGCGUAGUUGGUAGUGCAGAAGGAAGGAGACUCAUCUCUCCCCCACUAUCCCGGGCGAACCUCUGGACACUUACCGGCCCCACACCCCACCUGGUCCCCAGACCAGGUCCAAGGCCCCUGGAACUCCCUUUCCUGUCCUUUUCCACAACACUGAAUUGUGCUGUUUCAGACUUUGGCCUUUGGGAUAGCCCAAACCCCAGUCACCGGGCUCCUGUCUCCCACGGCUCUUCCCCUUGGUGGUCACUUGAGGGCCGAGGCAUGGUGGGGAGAGUGGGAAGUCAACGCUUUCCGGAGGGGGCAGCGUCUGUGCCCUCUUCUGGAAGGACAGGUACCCAGGUCUCUGCCCCACUCUGUCCUGGCCCUCGCCCCAGCACAGUCUGUGGUUGCUGAGUGAUCACCCCUGGUCUCUGGUUCCCAUUGUUGUGAGCAGCCUCGAUGGCCGUACAUUCACCAACGGCAUGAUCACAAUCCAAGACCCCAGGGGAAAAAGCAUUUGCUUGGUUUGGGAAUGAAACCGAUGGCUCCCCUCCUUCCUGGCUGCUAACUUUUGGCUCUAGUCACUGUAAAUCCAAGCAGUCAGAUGGAGGAGUGAUGGAGGGAGCUGAGGACCCAACUGGGACUCAAAAGAUCCGGGUUCUUGAUUUAACUGUUACUUACUGUGUGGCCUUGGUCAAGUACCGUCCCUUCUCUGGGCCUCAGUCCCCAUACCCAGUUGGGACCGACUAGACGGUCUAUCUAAGCUCUCAUCUUCUCAGAGCCUGCUCCCAUUUCUGCUGCUCACAAGCCCUGUGAUCUUGGGCAGAUCUCUUCCUGUGUAACAUGGGGGCUUCAGCUUUGGGAGCCUCUCUCCGUCCUUUCUUUUCCAAUCCCAAGCACCUGCCCUGACUGGUAAUGAGCCCUGGGGAGCCUGGGUGUGUAUAACAGAGGGCUGUGUUCAUUGCCCUUCCGGACACCAGGUCCAUCUGAGUACAGAUUGUCCUGGCAAGGGCUGGAGACUCUUCUGAAUGAGCUUACACCUGGUCUGGCUUGUGGGCAAGACUCCCAGCUCUUCCACUGCUGGGGUAUCCCCAGACAGCCUUGGCCAUCCUCAGCCUCCAGCGCCUCACUUUCUGUGAUGAGCAUGCUCCUGAGAAAGAAACCUGUUCAUUGAAAUUUUGUACAUCCAGUUCUGUCUGAAAGGACACUUAAGGUGACCCUUUUUGUAAAGUGAAGAAUUCUUUUUGUAAAUGACUCAUCACUCCCUAAUUUGUUUUAUGUGUAAGGUCAAAGGGUUGGACUUCGGGGCUGUGGAGAGUGAGGUCUGCCUGUAACUGUGUGGAGAAAGAGGCCCCAGAAUUUGCAAGAUGACUCCAGUUCCCCUUCUGUCUCUCUCCCUGGAGGCUUCUUUUUCCAUCCGUGACUGACUGCUUGGUGCUGUCUGAAAGCCUGGCCCUCUCUCUGCAGCAGGACCGGUCAGGGUGCUUGAGCCCUGGCCACCUCAUGACACUUUACCUGCUCUCUGGCAGCAGGCAUCAAGGUACAGCUGUGUGUAAAGGAACUGAGCAGAUUACCUGUCCAUGGUCCUGCAGUGGUUGUCUGAUGGCACAGGGACUUUGGCCUGCUCCUGGAGAGGUACCCCCCUUUUUUGAGGGGGGCAGAUAGGAACAGCCUGACUUGGUAAGGGACACUGAGGGUUUCUCAGUGUCUCUGUCCCAACUCUUCUCUGAGCUCCUUGGACCCACUUCUCGUGACUCACCUUGAUAAUUUCCAUUUUACAGCCCUCAAGGUUUGGUUGAUCCUUUGCUAUCAAAUAGUCUCUAUCUUACAGAUGAAGAAACCAAGGUGAAAUUAUUUAUCUGUGGCCAUAUGUCAGUCGAGAGAUGGAACUAAGGCCCAGCUUCUCCUGGGGCUCCCAUUUUCUAUAGCUUAUGCUUAACAUUUUAUGCCCUCCUUCCUAAUAGGCUCCUCUUUUCAAACACAAAACCUGUAUGGGAACUGGGAGAAAGCCAAGGAGUAACUUAGGACUUGGGGUCCAGCUUCAACAAGGCAGGUUGGUCAGCAAAAAGGGUGUGAGGGACACUUCCCAGGGAGAACAAGAGAGCUUUGUCCUUGGUGAACUGGAAUAUAGACUGAGGCUGUGACCGUGGGUUCCAGUCCAUAUUUCCUUUCUGAGUUACCAGAAGCUUGCUUCUCGUUUCUGGGCUUGGGGACAAAUGGGACACAAUCAGAGUCCCAGGAUGGUCAUGAGUUCCAUUAGAGGCUAUGUAUGUGAAAACCUGUUGGGGAAGAUUAAAGCCUCAGAUAAGCAAAAUGGGGUAUAUUAUGAGCAUCCCUCCUGAAGGUGGAUUUCCCCCACUCCAGACGUGUCCUCAUUGGCUUUUGCUGUAGCUCAAACUCUUUGGGCAACAUUGAACUCUUGUUCUCCACACAUGUACAUUAUCCAGAUAAUUUAGACCCUGAACUAUUUCUGCCUGAAAUCUCUGGAUAAUCGAGGCCAUUAGAUACAUUUGGACACUUUUGCUCUCUUAGGCUGAGGUGUGUCUCUGUCUGUGGGGAGGAGAGUAGGAAGGGAAAGGGGUUUUUCAGAGAAUGGAUCCGGUUUGGGGAGAGAGCAUGGAAAUACAUCCUAUCACAACUUGAUCCAGUGUAGGAAUAGCCAAGGCUUUAGCAGAGGCUCAAAAAUCACUUGAUUUUUUUUCCCUUUCCCCUGAAAGAAAUAAGAAAAUUCUAAGAAAGAGCUGAAAACAAAUGGGAGGACAAUUUAAUUCCAUUCAAAAAGCAUUCAUUAAACAUCUCUCGUAUGUCUGGCACUGUGGCGGUUGCUGGGGAUACAACUGAAUAACAAACCAGUGCCUGCCCUCAAAGAGCUUAAAUUCUACUGGGGGAAAAUAGCACGGAGGAUACAAGUCAAUCUCAGCAUAAAUAACAUUAGAGGGAAAAUGGAAAACAAUGUCAUGAUAGAAAAUAUUCUGAGAGCAAAGGUCAAUGUGACAGUUUGGGGAAAUUGCCUAUUUUUUCAUUAAUAUUCUCUUUUUCUGUAUGUAUGUAUGUGUAGCUGAAAGACACGAUGGUACAAUCUUCACAAAUUUCUCCAAAUGAGACAAAACCCAGUGGCCGUAGCCUACCGGAUACAUUUGGUCUCAAGUUUUGGGAGCGGGUCUAGUCGUACUUGUGAUUUCAAUGGUACCUGGCCCCCUGGGAGCCCAGAUUUCCUCUGGCCUCUGCCCUGUGUCUGUGUACGUAAGUGGCUCCCCACAUUUUCCAGGGGCAGCUCCUUGGGUCCAUGUACUGUACGGGAUGAUUUUGGCUGGUCUCUGCAUUCUCUUGUGGAGAGGGAGGAAUCACCCUUGGUACUGUUGCCUUGGAGGACCACUGAGGCGAGCACUGGGGAGUGUGACUCCAGGAGAGAAAAGGCCUUUUGGUGGUGAUGAGUGUGCUUGCACUUGUGUGUGUGUGAGAGAGUGUGUGUGAGUUUGCAUAUGUGUAUGAGGAGUAUAUUGGGGAUAAGAUUUCUAAAUAAAAGUUUUACAGAGUG